CUGCGGUGUUGGGUCCUUGCAGGCUACUGAUUCCUCUCCCUCUAUAUAUAGCGCCUCACGUUUACGACAACCUCAGACACCAGAACACGCCUCCUGCGGUGAAGAUGGCAGAGAUGAAGGCUGCGAUUUGCUGCAUCGUCGCGGUUGUCUCACUGAUCCACCUUGUGACGGCUGCCGAUCACGUCGUCGGCGGCCCAACCGGCGGCUGGCAAGGAGGCACGGACUAUAAGUCCUGGGUUUCGGCCCAAGCAUUUGCUCCUGGAGACACCUUAACAUUCAAGUACAGCUCGCGCCACAACGUCCUUGAAGUGACCAGCGACGACUACGAAGCGUGCUCCACGGCCAACCCCGUUUCGUACGACAACAGCGGCGCCACCACCAUUGCGCUCGCCUCGCCGGGGAAGCGCUACUUCAUCUGCGGCGGGCCGGGCCACUGCCAGGCCGGAAUGAAGCUGGAGGUGGCCGUCGCCGAGCGCCCUGCACCCACGACACCCAGCCCCACGCCACAGCUGCCACCGCCGCCACAACACGCGGAGCUGCGGCAUGCGCCGGCGCCAAUGCCGUUGCCGCCGGCACCCGCGUCGUCUGAACCACCAAAACGUGCAGGGUCGCCGCACAAGAAACGCCCCAAGAGGCACUACUCCUCCCCGCCUAAACCUGCGCCUGCAUUAGCUCCCGCACCCACACCCACGGUGCAGGCCGUGGAGGCGUACUUCCCGAUGGCGGCGCUGGCGCCGAUGUCGUCUUCACCCCCGCCUCCACCGAUGUCGUCGGACGCGGCUGCUGUGUCGCGUGCAAAGUGGGGCGAGGUCGCGGUGGAGAUAUUAGCACUUGGGUUCGUGGUUUUGGCUCUGUAAGUUGGAGAGGGUUAAGAUUAGUCGAUCAGAUAUCUGAUCUCUGAUCCAUGCUAGGCUGCUAGCUCCGGAUCCGUUCCAUUGUUUCGUGUGUAGUUUGUCAGGAGCCGGUAAUAAAGGUUUGUUUGGGGUGGCUCUGUUGUAGCCCUUAUUACGGUAGAAAAUUAGAAAAUCUUUGUUUGUUUGGUGAACUAA